AUGCUGCUGCUGCAGGGCCGUUCAGUGGCGGGGAAUUUUUUUUUGUAUUCCGUUGCGCUGUGCCUGUGCCUGUGGCGGACGCGGUUGCUGAGUGGAGGAAGCUCAGCUGGUUCUUCCUCACCCCUGCCAGCUCGCUCCAGCGCCAAGCCCGCCUUUCCGAGUAACCACGGCUCGCCCUCCGCCUCGGGAUUCGGCUCGCCAGUAGGCUCGCCCGUCAUUCACAUGCCUGUGCAAGCCACUUACGAAACCGUGACCCCGCCGACCCUACCUCCACGCGAGGACAGUGGCGGCUAUGACACCUUGCGUGCGCGACCCUCUGUCCGCGGCGUGGUCACCUCGGCCACACCUGCCCCAGCCCGCCAGCCUCAAACUGGGCCUCCCGUGCACGACCAAGGAAAGGAUGCAACACCCAUGGAGUCAGUCUACGCAUCGAUGGAUCUGCCCACAAGGACGGUUGGCGAGGCCGACACGGCCUACAUGCCCAUGGAUGGCCGUGGGCACUAUGAUCAUCCAGGGCGACGGUAUCCAACCCUGGGUCGUGAACACAUUUAUGUUUUCUCGUCCUCGGCGCCACCGAGCUGGGUGGCCGCUGCCGAGGCCGCAGGCGACGUCUACUCCACCCUCGAUGGCCGCCCUAACACCCACAAUACACUGGCACAAUCAUUCGGCGCUCAGCUGCAGAUAGACGAUAGCUAUGCCACCGACGCCGGGAAGCUCCCUGCCUUGACUUCCGUGACCUCGUCGAGCUUCGCCGACAUGCUGGGGCGUGAGGUGAUUCAAUUGGUGCGCGCACUGACAUCCGAGGUGGAAAAUUUAAUUCUUGCGGUGGCCCGAUCCCGCACCCUGCACACCAUUUGCUUAUCGGGCUGUCAACUUCGCAACGCCGACAUUAAAUUGUUGUGUCCAGCGCUACGCAACAAGGCAGUGACUGAGCUCGAGCUUCAAGGCAAUGAGCUCAGCGAGCCGGGCAUGGCAGAGCUUGCUUAUAGCAUUCCCGGUUCCCGCCUCACCUAUCUUGGGUUGGCCAACAAUCGGGUGACGCCCCAAGCCGUGCGCACGCUGGUCUUUAAUGCGCUGAGGCAAAACAAGUGCACACUCUGCCUUGCGGACACGGAUUUUGACCAAGCGUGCUUCGAUGCCAUGAUCGAUGUGUUGUUGUCGACUCGGAACGCGCAACUCUCGAUCGAUUUGCACAACCACAGGCUAACGGACAUGGGACGAGUGAACCGGAGUCUAUCUCAGCUGACCGCCAGCAAUCCCGAUUGCCAUAUCCGCCUCACUUAGCCCAUUUAGGGGGUGGGAGACAGGUUGCAUCUGCCCCUAGUCUGGGCUAGAAAGGACUGCUGGCAGCCCUUUUUGCCAAGACUGGGUCAUGUGACACGGGGUUGGGCCAGGACAACCUUGAUGAGAUUGAGGCCUUGACCCGACAAUUGAUGAUCCUACAGGC